AUGACCAUAAUCCUGGUCCAAAACUUCGUGACUAAGGAUAACUUUCCACACAUGGAGACAACCCAAGGGAAAGGGAAGAGGGUGGAAGAGGAGGACCCAGAAAGACCUGGAAUUGGCAAGAGAUCAAGGAAAGGUCCCUAUCCCAUCCACACAGGUGCUGAAUAUUGGGAAAGAGCUGUGCCAAAGAUAUUGGUUCAGGACACUAUGACCACAGAUGUACACGGCCGAUGCUUCCGGCAGUUCCGGUACCAGGAAGACAGGGGCCCCCGAGAGAUGUCGGGACCAGCAGUGAAGAUGGAAGCGAACUUCUCUGAGGAGGAAGGAUCUCCUUUGGAGGAAGGGAACGGGGCUCAGGCCCAGGAGCGCACCCAAAAUGGCCCCUCACAUGGCAGUGGACAGAUGGUGUUCAGCCAUAGUCUUGGCAGAGUUGUGGAAACAGCUGCUGCACCUCCAGUCCAGUGUACCUUUUCUUUUGACGAUGUGUCUGUCCGUUUCAACACGGAAGAAUGGGCCCUACUGGAUCCAGGCCAAAGAGCUCUCUACAGGGAAGUCAUGCUGGAGAACCAUAGGAGCGUGGCCUUUCUGGAAGGUGAUCAGAGGAAUGAGGAGAAUGAGAAUCUGCAUCAUCUAUCGCUAGAUGAAGUCAAGAAUGAAGACUUGAGAGGAAACUUCAGGAACCAAGGCAAACUUAAGAGGCAGAAAGGAAGCUAUGUAGUCGAGAAGAGGGAUGAGCCCAUUCCUUGCCAAGGUGGGGAUUUCCAUGAAGUAAUUCACUUGGUGGAAGAAACAUACAACUGCUUGGAGUGUGGAAAGAACUUCUCAGAUCAAGCCCAAUAUAAUAUCCAUUUGCGAAUGCACAAUGGAAAGAAGACCCAUCAAGGCCUGGAGUGUGGAAAGAGCUUCCUUUGCAGAGCAGAGCUCCUAAAUAAUCAACAAACAAAUGGAGGAGAGAAACAUUAUACUUGCUCAGAUUGUGGCACGUGUUUGUCACGGAAAUCUGACCUUAUUAAACACCAAAGCAUUCAUUCAGGAGAGAAGCCAUUUAUCUCUUCAGAGAGUGGAGUGACAUCCUCUGAUGAAAGACAGGGAAAUGUACAUUUUCCAAGGAACAUUAUAAUGAAGGCAUGUAAAUGCUUUCAGUGUGGAAAGUAUUUUAAAUACAGAUCACAGCUCCUUGUGCACCAAAGAGCUCACACAGGGGAGAAACCCUUUGAAUGCUCAGAGUGUGGAAAGAAAUUCAAUCAGAGCAGCCACCUUCAAGAACAUCAAAGAUCCCACACAGGGGCAAAACCUUUUGAAUGCUCAGAGUGUGGAAAGAAAUUCAGUAAGAGUAACAAUCUUUUACAGCAUCAAAGAACUCACACUGGGGAGAAACCUUUUGAGUGUUCAGAGUGUGGGAAGAGAUUCAGUGGCACAUGUAGGCUUCGAAAGCACCUACGAGUCCACACAGGGGAGAAACCUUUUGAAUGCUCAGAGUGUGGAAAGAAAUUCAGUAAGAAUAACAGUCUUCUACAGCAUCAAAGAUCUCACACAAGCGAAAAACCUUUUGAAUGCUCAGAAUUUGAAAAGGAAUUCAGUAAGAGUGGCAGUCUCCUUCUACAACAAAGAACCCACACAGGGGAGAAACCUUUUGAAUGCUCAGAGUGUGGAAAGAAAUUCAGUAAGAAUAACAGUCUUCUACAGCAUCAAAGAUCUCACACAAGCGAAAAACCUUUUGAAUGCUCAGAAUUUGAAAAGGAAUUCAGUAAGAGUGGCAGUCUCCUUCUACAACAAAGAACCCACACAGGGGAGAAACCUUUUGAAUGCUUAGAAUGUGGAAAGAGAUUCAGUAAGAGUGGCAGUCUCCUAUUACAUCAAAGAACCCACACAGGGGAGAAACCUUUUGAAUGCUUAGAAUGUGGAAAGAGAUUCAGUAAGAGUGGCAGUCUCCUAUUACAUCAAAGAACCCACACAGGGGAGAGACCCUUUGAGUGUUCAGAAUGUGGAAAGAGGUUCAGUCGGAGCAGCCAUCUUCAGAGCCAUUUAAGAACCCACACCGGGGAGAAACCUUUUGCAUGCUCAGAAUGCGGAAAAAGAUUCAGUCAGAGUGGCGAUCUCUUACUGCAUCAAAGAACCCACACAGGGGAGAGACCCUUUGAGUGUUCAGAAUGUGGAAAGAGAUUCAGUAAGAAUGGCCAUCUUCAACGUCAUCAAAGAAUCCACACAGGGGAGAAACCCUUUGAAUGUUCAGAGUGUGGAAAGAGAUUCAAUCAGAGCAGCCAUCUUCGCAACCAUUUAAUAACCCACACUGGUGAGAAACCUUUUGAAUGCUCAGAGUGUGGAAAGAAAUUCAGUCAGCUUGGUAAUCUUCAACAACAUCAAAAAGCCCACACAGGAGAAAUCAUCAUCGAGUGCUUAGAGUGUGAAAAGAGAUUCAGUCAGAGUGGUGAUCUCGUACUGCAUCAAAGAACCCACACAGGGGAGAAACCUUUUGAAUGCUCAGAAUGUGGAAAGAGGUUAUGUCAGUUGGACAAUCUUCAGCUGCAUCAGAGAAUCCACAUGGGAGAAACCUUUUGAAUGCUCAGAGUCUGGAAGCGCCUCCAACCUGAGCAUUACUUUUCAACACCAUCUAAGAACCCACAACAAGGAAAAAAUCUUUUGAAUGCACAAAGUGAGAAAAGAAACCAGUUCAGAGAUGUGAUCUUCAAAACAUCUAUGAACGCACACAUGGAGAAGCCUUCUGAAUGCUCAGAGUCUGAGAAGAGAUUCAGUUAGCCUGGCCAUCUUCAGCAGCAUCAAAGA